GAUAAAAUAAACAUAAAACGUUUCAAAUUUUUAUUUUUCAUUACUCACGAAGAAAUUUAAUGUGUGUUGUAUUAAUAUUUAAAAAAAACUAUAUUUUUUGAAAAUUGAAUUCUUGCUUAUUUUCUUUUUCAAAUUAUUUAAGAUUAAUAAAGCAUAAUGUUUGAUGAUUUGUCAAUUUGGAAAUGGCAUAUGGACUUUGUUGGACAAAAACAUGCUGAAUAUUUGUUUAGAAUCAUUAUUACCACGUGCGGAUUUGUUGGUUUCAUUUUGGGUUACAUUAAAGAGCAAUUUUCAAUAACAAUUGGUCUAACAUUAAUUGGAUUUUUUAUCUCUGCUUUAUUGACUAUUCCACCAUGGCCUAUGUAUGCUCGUAAUCCACUUAAAUGGCAAAAAGUGAAAAAGGUUAAGAAAAUCGAACAUAACCUUACCUAUGAUGAAUAUAAAGAGGAUAAAAAAAAAGAAAAAAAGAAGUCAAAAUAAACAAGUUUAUUAUAUAUUGUUUUGA